GGCAUUCUCUGCAGUCUGGGCGGAAUCACCAGGCGCGCUUAUCGUGGAUUUUCUGUGAUUUAAUUUUUAAAUUUUUUUCUUCGGUUUUGUGCACAAUCUGGGAUUUGGGUCCUGCAAUGGAGGCAACUGAGGCCACACAGGAAGGCACAACGGUCAAGAGUGAGGUGACGGAAAACUCCCAGGAGAGUAACGUACGGAAGACUUCCACGGGACAGGUGUCGACCACCACGUCAAAGACUGUUGCCCAGAGUGUUGAAAAAACCGUCAAUGAGGGCGUCGCGACGGAAAAGUCGUCAGUUAGUGCAACUUCGGCAGGUUCAGAUGUGAACGGUGAUGCAACAUCCGACGAAGAAGUCGAGGAGGUUGAAGAAGUUGAAGAAAUUGUCGAAGAAGAAGAAUUGCAAGAAGAUGAGCUGGAUGAUGCCGAGGAAGCUUCAUCGUCGUCCACUGAGGUUGUUAUUGUUAGGAAAAUUGUGAAGAAGAAGAAAAAGAAAACCACGAAAGAGGAGAAAGUUCCGAAGCAGGUUCAAAAGAAAACUGAAGUUAAAGAGGUGAAAACGAAAGUUGUGGAGAAAAAGCAAGAAGUUAAGCCGGUAGUUGUUGAAAAGAAAGAAGUAAAAGCAGCAGUUCCUGAGAAAAAGGAAGAAGUUAAGCCAGUAGUUGCUGAGAAGAAAGAAGACGUUAAAGAACAGAAGAUUGUGGAGAAGAAAGUAGAAGUUCAGGAAGUGAAGCAGAAAGCAAAAGAAGAACAGGUAACCAAGGAAGCUGAAAAGUCUGAAGAAGAAGAAGAAGUAUCAGAAGAAGAAGAGGAAUCCGAGCCGGAGAUCGAAGAGAAACCAGUCCAACGAAACGAAGUGAAGCCAAAGGAACAAGUUGAAGAUAAACCAAAAGAAACGAUUGAGGAAAAUGUUAAAAUUGAAGAGAAGAUCGAAAAGAAACCAGAACAAAAAAUUGAAGAAGUUAAAGAAGUAAAGCAACAGGUUGAGAGUAAAUCGUCGGAAGUAAAAGCCGAAGCAAAUGGCGUUGCAGAGCCAACAGUUGAGAAAGAGAGAGAAGGCAAUGCUGGAGGAGAUAAAGUUAAGGAAACUGAAACAAAGAAAUUGCAGGUGGUCGAGGAAACAUCUGUACAGUCAUCUCCUCCAGAGCAGCCGCCUGAGAAGCCAUCACAGAAUGGUGAGAUUCAGCAGGAUAGCAUCAAAGCGACCAUCCACGAAAUAAUCAAUGACAUCGAUCGUCAGAUCACAGAAGAUGGCCCUGAUGUGCCCAUUCCUGUGCAGAUUGAAGUGCCCGUCCAAGCUCCUGUGCAAGCACCUAUUCAACCGCCUGUUCAAGCACCUGUUCAAGUGCCCAUUCAAGCACCGAUCCUCCCUCCACUUAGUUCUGGAAGAAAUGAUGACGCCAGGGAGGCGUCGGAGGGCGACAAAGAGAAUGGACCGCGAGUUGUUGAUCUACAGAAGAUCUUCACACCGGCCACAGAUGCCGAGGAGAUUCUCCCACAGCGACAACGCAAACUGUAUGCUUCAUCUUCGUUCUACUCGCCGGUCCUCCAUCCAACGGUGGAGGAUCAAGUGGAGUUGGCAAGGAGGAUAAGCCACUCGCUGAGUGACAUCAGUAAUCAACACUCCAAGGGUCAGUCGAUGUACGUGAAUCGGAAGAAGCGAUCUGUGAAGUGGGUACACGAGGGUGAAGGUAAGGCUCAAGUUAUGUACAGCUCAAGUGUGCAGGAGUCUUCGGAGUCCUACAGUCAUCGCGUACAGGAGAAGCUACCGUUGAAGCUGGUGAUGAAUCCACGUGGGCAGGUGCAGGAUUUGGAGACACUGAGGAAGCAGGGUGUCCUCAUUGAUCCAACCCCUCUGUCCCCGGAUCGUUGUGCUGAAGUUGUUAAUGCACUCCAAGCAACCGGAGGCAAAGGUGCUGAACUCUUCGCUAAGCGUCGCAAGAAGUCCGAGAAAUGGGUUGUUGAUGAGACUUCGAGGCAAUCAGCUCCAACAACACCCAUUUCGGCAUGCCACAAUGUCCCUCCGGCCUUUACGGACUUUGGAGUUCAGCGUGCACAGCAGAAUAUCAAGCUUAAUCAGAUUCAGGAGAAGUACGCUCAGCCAAAGGUGAAGAUCGUCAAGUCUCCGUGGCAAUCAGCUCUGGAGACAGGCCAUGUUAAUGAAGCCUUCCAGAUGCCACAAUCUGCACCACCAAUGGUGCGUCCAGAACCCCCAAUGGUGCGUCCGGAACCACCACCACCGGUGGUGAUGCGUGCUGCAGAGCCCCCACGUAGGGCUCCACCAUCCCCUGGACACUUUGGGCGUGAUCUAGCCUACCGUCCAAAUGUGGCACAGGGAUGGAAUGCCCCAAAACCCAAUCUUCCCGGAAUUUACACCCCACCCGAGCUACCGCUCAGUAGCUACGCACCACCACCGCGUGUGGAUAUCCCACCACUGCAGGAUCCCGUCCCAAGCUACAUCCGACGACCGGAGCCACCGCCACAGCAGGACCCAAUCCCAAGCUUCAUUCGGCGACCAGCUGAGCCGCCACGUCAAGCAAGUGCGCCUAUUUUGCGCACCCCAUCCGUCCAGCCUCCACCCCCAGUGGAGGUGAGGCUGCCGCAGCAACCAAAGAUGGUUCCACCUGCAGCAGCACCAAUGCCGCAGACACGGAUCGCAUCAGCGGGAGCCUAUACCCCGACAAACUGGAGGAAUUACAACACCGCAGCCCGUGGGUGGCGCGGUGCUGAUAUCUACAAGCCAGUUACCUUCGAUAAGCCCCAGCUACCAUUUACGGACUUCUAAUCCGUUGCCCUUUGCCCGCAUGCUUGGCUUCUUUUGCCCCGAAUUUCAAAUUUAAUGACAAUAAAAAAAAACUGGUGUUGAGUAAAUGAUUUUAAAAACAAUUAA